AGGGGCUUCCAAAUAUCCUUAGCUGACUGUCAACAGCCAUGACUUCCAAACAGGUAGCCUAAGUCAAAUUACACAUGAAAGAAGUCUUUGAAUAAAAUUAUUUUAAAAUGGUUUAUUGUCCUCUAUUUCAAUUUUAUUUUAAAUUGCCUUGUUUAAAAUUGAGGCUUUAGCAGAAAGCAUCUCAUCUUACUAAUGAAUUGGCUUUCUUAGGUGGAGGGCUUACAAAUGAUUACAUGCUUUCAGGGAUAGUGAACAGCUAUUGUAUUAUUAAUUUUUUAAUUUUUUUUUUCAUUCUGAUGACAAGAAUGGAAACAAAAUCCUCAAAAAUUAUUUAAUACAGUAGUAAUGCUUUUAACAAAAUAAUGUUUUCAUUGCAUGACCAAGCAUUUUGCGUGCUUCAGGGGAGCUUGAAUAUUUUAUCUGAAAAUAGGUAAAAAAUUAAACCACAAACAAAAAGAACAAAAUAUAUGUUAAAAAUUAAAUUUUAUUUAGCAAGUGUUAAACUGUGAAGUGUUCAUUUUAAAUGAUGGUGUGCUAUAUAAACAAAUAGCAAUCUAUUAUUAAGAAGAUAUGAACAGUCCAGCAAGCUGGUGAUGCAGUAAAUUAAGAUAAACAAAUUGUUGUUUAUUUAGCAGUGGUUCAAAACACAUGCUGCAUGCAUGCCCAAUACAAUGAAAGCUAGCUAUACAAGAUACAGAGCAUUUAUUGGAGUGUAUCAAAAAAGUCUUGAAACAUUGCUGAAGAUUAUACAGAAAUUAAUGUUUUACUUUGAUUUUGUGACAGAGGAACAAUAUUUUUUUUAUAAAGGAGGUAACCUGCAGGGGAAUUUAAGAUGGUUCCAGGAAAAUUCUGUAGCAUUUACAGACGCAGUAUAUUUCAGUUCAAGGUCAAACUUCAUGCCUUAUGUCAAACAAACUCAUUAAUGACUGCUGUAAGUUUCUGGUUAACAAUAGUUUUUCUGUGUUAAUAAAAAUGAUGAGUUAUCUUUAAUUGAUAUUUUAAUAAAAUUUCAGGAAUGGGAUGAAUGAUACUAUUUGUCAUUGUUGCCCUUUCUAAUUGGAAUAUAAAAUAGUGUUGUGAUUUAAAGAUGUGUGAGUCUCUUAUUGCUUCUCUCAAUUGCCCACAGGGUAACAGCGAGGAUAAUACGUACACAUAUACUUACACACAUUCAGAUUUUACGUUUCAUACUUCCCCAUGGGAAGAUACAUCACCUCAACAGCUCAGCAAGGUACGCACCUGAAUACGUUUUCCCUUGCAUUUGCAUUACUUUUAUAUGGUAUUUUGUGAGAAGUCGUUGAUGUAAGUACUGGUACAAAAAUUUAUGACAUGAUAUAUUGCAGAGAACCAAUAAAAUUUAUUAAAAGUAUGUGCAUUUAUAAAGUAACUGCUCAUUACUCUUUCUGUAUCUCAAAGUUUGUCAAUUUCAAACAAAUGUGGCCAGUUAUUUAUAUUUAUAAGGAAUGUGUAGUUAUUUGACCAAGGGCUAACAGUAAUAGUCGUUGAUACACAACAAGAGAGAGAACAUUCAGGACUCUGGUCAUCAAUCAAAUGUCUUUUGUUUUUUCAGUUUGAUCUUGAGCUUCAUAAAAGAUGGGAUCAUGCAAUGGCCACUGGAGUGUUCCGUUACAAUAUUGAUCAUAUUGUUACAAGAAUUCUACCUGGCCCCAAACACUAUGUUGGCCAAGUAAGCUGGGCACAUAUAUUAUUUCAUAAAGUAUUGUUAUACGAAUUUUACCUGGUCUCAAACACUAAGUUGGCCAAGUAAGCUGGGCACAUAUAUUAAUUCAUAAAGUUUAAAGUAUUGUUACAAGAAUUUUAUGGCAAUAAGGGGCAGGGACUGCUGUCAGGUUAGCAAAUUAGAGAAUGAGUAAAAUAAAGUAUGGGAAAAAAUUUUUUAAAAAGAAACGCAACAAAACAACGAACAUGUCGGCAGGAAGCCUUCGUCAGCAAACACGACAACAAAAACAGAAUUAAAUAAAAGAUAGCACUUACCCGAGAGGGCGGCAAAAGAAUUGUGGCAGAAAAUAAGUAGGUGAGAGAUUAAAAACAGGCAAAAAUUGAAAAAAAAGAGAAGUAAGUCCAUUGUGUUUAGGUGUGACGUGAAGGGGCGGAGCAAAGGCUUAACAUAUGAAUGAAAACAUGAGAUUCAUGCCAUGUGGUGUUAAGGUUCAAUAAGCCUGGAUCAGCUUGUUUUCCAAAUUCACCCAGCCGGAUGUGUUUGUGCUGGUCACAAUCGCACUAAUUGUAAAAAUCCACCGUGCCCUUAUUGUUGCUUCUAUUGAAGUGUUUACAGACUGGACACUAUUUAUCUUGUGUAAUAUUACCAACGUGUUAAGUACAUCUGUCAGAGAGUCUGCGUCCUGUCUUCCCUAUGCAGGACACCUGGCAGGGGGUGCAGACAAUGGCAUAGACAUUAUUGCGGCUAGUACAAAGGAAACCGUCCCUUAUCUGAAAACUGCCCUUAGGGAAGGGAAUGUGUUGAGUCUGGACAACAAAAGGGCAAGUGUUGCGACGGCUGCGUCUAAAUGGCUUGGUCCCAAGUGGGAGGGGGCAGCGUGGAUGCGAUUUGACACAAGGAGGUCUCUCAGAUUUUGAUCACGUCUGAAAACAAAGCUAAUAGCCAAACUUGAUUUUCCUUAAAAAACCGUUGAAGGCUUUAUAAACCCUCUCCACAUUUGUUUAAACCUUUCCCGACACGAAUGGAUUCUUCUUGAGUUGUCUACUGUGCUCUAUUCUUUAUUAUAUUUUCAUUUCUACUGUUGGCUGUUUUUUGUCCUGUUAUCUUAUUCAAGCUUCACACAUACCUCGUUUUGCCAUUUUAUUCAUUUACUAAGCUUGAAAGCAGUCCUUUCAUUUAUAUUUUCUAGUCCCACACUGUUAUUAGCUUUUCCCACACUGUUAUGAGCUUUUCUCACACUGUUAUCAGCUUUUCGCACACUCUCAUAAAUACUUUCUAUGCCUUAAACACUUUCUACACUAAUAAACUUACUUAAUUUUAGCAACAUAAAAUUCUAUAUACCGUAGGUAUCUAUAUUAGAUAUAAGAAUACGCGUGUCACCAAAAGUGAACCGCAGUAUGGCAAGGGACAACUGUAGGUUAAUUAUCAAAUAUUAUCUGGUCUCAAACACAAAGUUGACCAAGUGAGCUGGGCAGAUAUCAUGAAUUUUUAGCCUUACAAUUGAAAGUUGCUGAUAGUUUGUUGCAUCAGUCUUGUUGGUCUUGAAAUGUAAAUAGUUUGAAAGAAAAUAAUUGUCAAUGGAUUAAAAAAAUAAGGAGAGACAGAGUCCAUUAUCUUUAGUAUUACACGGUAUAGCCUCAUUAAUACCAUCAAAGAGUUAGUUGAUUAAUAUCAUUAACUCCAUUAAGUCUUUUUUUUUACCCUGCCUAUAACUUUUCUUGUAAUCUUUCCUUAUCCCAAUAGUUAAAUACAUUGCGUGCCACUGAAAGAAGAAAACCCCAAGAGAUAACAAGUGUUUGUCAACCUUUUAAUCCUAAUGCAUUUAACUUCACCUGGGUUAAACCUGAAGAGGUUGUCUUCAAUCUACGGAACACAACAACUCUUGGCAAAAAACAAGUCAGGGGGUCAGUUAGCAGUGCCUUAUUAAACGGUGCUGCCAAUAAUCACACUACAGACUGCCAGAAAGAUGAUCUAGUGAAUGGUCACUCGUCUGAGGUAAAUGAGGGUCAACAAAUGCCACGUUAAUUUGAUAUGUUAAGAAUUAGUUUAAUAGUCACUAUAGCUUCCUACUUCAGUCUUUAUUGAGACUUAUACUUAAAUAUUGAGACUUAUACUUAAAUAUUGAGACUUAUACUUAAAUAUUGAGACUUAUACUUAAAUAUUGAGACUUAUACUUAAAUAGAGAGACUUGUACUUAAAUAUUGAGACUGUUACGAUCCAAUUUGUGUCACUAUAUUGUGCAUGGUUUCUUUUUUUUUGGGGGGGAAAAAUGAGAAUUUGAUCAAAUAGUAAUUAGAAAGUUGUGACAAAGCAUCAUACAAAAAUCCCAUUAAAUGCAUGAUCGAAAUUAUGAUCGUGUGAACUGAGCAUUAUGCCAAACCUCUAUGAAAGUGGUGGUCAUCUUAAACUUAAAGCUUCCUAUGCCAUCAAGCAUUUGUUUACAUGAUUAAGUUGUCAGUUUCAAUGUUCAUUUUGAAAUGUCUGCAAUCACACCUCGGUUGUGCCUGUUUCGUUUAUAUAAAAGAUCAUGGGAGACCGGCCCUUGGGGUUUGUCUUCUGUUCUCUUUUCAUUAGGAUUGGUUUCUGUUUGCCUAAACCUAAAACUUGAGAUUUUAGCAGAUAGUGUUAAAUAAUGAGUCAAAUACUCAAAAGUAAAAACAUUACAAGAGAAACAAAGAAAACAAUAUAUAAAAUUGUAUUCAGGUCAGUUUUAAUAUAUGCAUGUGAAACUUGGACCCUACCAAAAGCGGCAGAAAACCUAUUAAACACGUGGUAUAGAAAAGUUCUCCGGAAAAUAUAAAGACCAAAAAAGGAUGAAUAUGGAUGGAGAAUAGGAGCCAACCAGGAAUUGUACAGUCUGUAUCAGGACCCAACGCUAGUAGCAGAAAUAAAAAAUGGCCAGGCUGGGUGGGACACCUUGAAAGAAUGCCAAAUGACAGAGGAGUGAAGAGGGUGCACCACCAAAACCCCAGAGGAAAAUGGUUCAGAGGCAGACCUGGGCUUAGUUAUGGAUGGAUAAUGUGGAGAGAGAUCUACAUCAGCUGGGAGUCCAUGCAUGGGAAAGAAAAGCAUCAGUUAGGUCUGAGCUGAAGGAAGUGGUGAGGCAGGCCAAAGCCCUCCAUGGGCUGAAGGCCACAGGGAUGGAUGGAUGGUGUGAAUAGAAGUAAGUGGUGAGGCAGGCCAAAGCCCUCCAUGGACUGUAAGGCCACAGGGAUGGAUGGAUGGUGUGAAUGGAAAGAAGUGGUGAGGCAGGCCAAAGCCCUCCAUGGGCUGUAAGGCCACAGGGAUGGAUGGAUGGUGUGAAUGGAAGGAAGUGGUGAGGCAGGCCAAAGCCCUCCUUGGACUGUAAGGCCACAGGGAUGGAUGGAUGGUGUGAAUGGAAGGAAGUGGUGAGGCAGGCCAAAGCUCUCCAUGGGCUGUAAGGCCACAUGGACGGGAUGUUAAAUAAUGAUGUAAAAAAUGUAUGUGAAAGUUACUUGAAUUAAAGCACAUUAUAAAAUUAACAUUUAAAAGCACUUUAUUGUUGAUAAUAUUUGUUUUAUGUUGAUUUUUUAAAAAGGAAUUUAUUAACACUGAUGUCCCCGGGAAGUUGAAAGAUCAACCAGAAAGACAUACACUAAUAGUCAAUGUCAGCCCUAUGGAGUAUGGACACUGUCUUUUGGUACCACAAAUUGACUCGCAUCGGCCACAGGUAAUAUAAACAAUCCUGGAGAAUAAUGACUGCUUUUUGUGCUUGAGAAAUACUUAAGAUGUCUUGUGUUCAAAUUGUUCUAUAGAUGUCUUGUGUUCAAAUUGUCCUAGUUUAAUAAUGUUCUCUUGGUAAGAAUAUUUACAAUGAAUUUGUAUGAUGUAAUCAGAAAACUUCUCCAUUUAUUUGGAUUCAUUAAAAUAAUCUUAUGCGAACAAAUGGUUUAUUUAGAAAUUCAAGGCAUAGUCUUCCUGCUACUUCUUAGUAUAUAGUUAAGAGGAGUAGGGACAUGUUUGUUAAAUAAUCUAUAUGAAUGGAAAAUACUUUUUUUGGCAAGUUAUUUGAAAUGUGUCAUGUUUAAAAUGACUCCAGAACAACGGUACUAAAAUAUUUCAAGAAGUUGAGGGAGAUCGCAACUGCACUAAACAACCUCUUGGUUUUGUAAACUCAUGCUUUAUUCUUUAUAUACUGAAUAUUAUUUUGUAUCAAUUUCUUUCUUUCAUUAGGUGCUGACUGAAACAGCUGUCACGGUUGCCAUAGAAACCAUGUUGCUCAGCAAGCAUAGGUAAAAUAAUGGACCAGCCAGUUCAAUUUCUAGUUCAUUUAGGUUACUAACUUCUUGUGCUGCAUUCAUUUUUUUCUCUCUUUUUAAAACAUUACUCUAUGUUGGUCAUUAAGAAAUAUUACUCUACCUUGGAGUUUAAGAAAAACUUUUCAAUCUUCUAUGACACGCAUUAAUAUUUUCAUCUUGAAAAGAUCUACUAAAAUUCUGUUCCAAUAGCCAUGUGUUAAAUUCUACAAAUGGUAUUUCCACAAAUCUUUUCAGGGGCUUUCGCAUGGGAUUCAACAGUUUAUGUGCCUUUGCCUCUGUUAAUCACCUCCAUUUUCAUGUCUAUUAUUUGGAGCAUGAACUCAUAGUGGACUACUGCGUAAGUGAACACAUUUAUGAACUUAUAGUGGACUACUGCGUAAGUGAACACAUUUAUUAACUUAUAGUGGACUACUGCGUAAGUGAACACAUUUAUGAACUUAUAGUGGACUACUGCGUAAGUGAACACAUUUAUGAACUCAUAGUGGACUACUGUGUAAGUGAACACAUUUAUGAACUUAUAGUGGACUACUGCGUAAGUGAACACAUUUAUUAACUUAUAGUGGACUACUGCGUAAGUGAACACAUUUAUGAACUUAUAGUGGACUAAUGCGUAAGUGAACACAUUUAUGAACUUAUAGUGGGCUACUGCGUAAGUGAACACAUUUAUGAACUUAUAGUGGGCUACUGCGUAAGUGAACACAUUUAUGAACUUAUAGUGGACUACUGCGUAAGUGAACACAUUUAUGAACUUAUAGUGGACUUUGUUUCUUUGAGAAAAUGUUACUAAUAAAAAUCAUAUUUAUGAAAUACAAGUUAAAAUUUUGUCAAAUCCUUUUGAUCCAAUCAUUAAAAACAGUGCCGUCCAAACCUGUCGACUACAUAGGCCAAACAAAUUUGUUCAGCCAAGCUGAGGGUCGCACAUGACAUCUCAAAAGGAAAUUUGAUUAUUUUUACUUUUUAGAAAAGUAUUCCACAUAAAUUAAUGCUUCUUACCUUAUGGAUAAAGAGUCAUUUAUCCAAUAGCACUAUCAGCUAGCUCAUCAAGAAUAGAAAUAAACUGAAUAAAAACUGGAGCCCUUUUUAAUGAUGUAUUUUUCUUUGAAUUGGAUUUGCGUAUUUUUCUUUGAAUUGGAUUUGCAUUGUAGCGUUACAUUUUCUGGACCUGAUGUUGGUCAUUACAGAGAAUACAGCUUCACUGAUGUUGGCUGCUUUCAAAAACACUGUCAAAAUUUUGCUACAACGUUUUCAUAGUUGUGGAAAUUCAUAAUGCUACAUACAACCUCUCAUGUAGUUAUGUGGUUUGACAAUAUUUUCAUCCUAAAGUGUCUUUCACAAACAUUUUUCAAGCUGUGGCGGGCCAUUUAAAAUCAGCUCGCUGGACAUAGACUGGACAGCACUGCUGUAAAAUAUUUUUGAACAGCACUUCAGUAAAAUAUUUUAUUUACUGAUUAUAUUUUGAGAAUAAAAGCCAAAAAAUAAGUAUUGUUAAAUAAAUUAAAUCACACUAGUACAUAUUUUCAUAAAGGUGUUACUGGUUUAUAAACUUAUUCUGUUAAAAAGUAAAAAUAAAUUUAGAAAAAUCACUACCUAAUUGUUUUGCUAUCUGUUGUAAAUAUUUGCUUGAGACUUGAAUUUGCACAAAUAUUUUAAUAUAAUUUUUUUAAAAAUCAAAGAAAAUGUAUUUUCUGCAGCCAGUGCAACAACUAGGGGGAAAGAUCUUUGAAAUUACAACCAUUCCAUGUCCCGGCUUUGCCCUGCAGCUGCACGGCUCUUCAAUACAAGAAUUAGCAAAGUAAGACAUUAUCCUCACAUUAGUUUUUGUAUUUCAUUACUAUGACUGAACCGGGUACUGACCCAGAUGCUGGGAUAUAUGAAGUAUUAGCACAUUGAGCACGGGAUAUAUGAAGUAUUAGCACAUCGAGCACGGGAUAUAUGAAGUAUUAGCACAUCGAGCACGGGAGAUAUGAAGUAUUAGCACAUCGAGCACGGGAUAUAUGAAGUAUUAGCACAUCGAGCACGGGAGAUAUGAAGUAGUAGCACAUCGAGCACGGGAUAUAUGAAGUAUUAGCACAUUGAGCACACACCCAGACCGGCAAAAAAAUGGAACUGAGCCCAGGUUGUAAAAAAAAAAGUUUUCUUUUCAUUUUCUGUAUGGUGUUCCACCUGGAAGGAACCAGCAUAUCUUUUUUAAAACAUAUUUUGUGUGUACGUUUGACCUGAAUUCAAUAAAUAAUGAUAGAAAACUGACUGGUGAUUCAUGCCAAACUAAAUUAGGCUAAAUGAGACUGCAAAGCUCUGAAAAUAAUGAUGUGCUUCCUUAUUAUUUGUCUUCUCAAGAUUCAUAUCUUUGGUUCUGACCAUGGCACUUUCUAUUUACAAUUAAUAUUUGAUUUCAAAUUCUGACUGGCUGAUGAUUCUGACUAGCCAAUGUUGUAUGAGUCAUGUGGACUGGAGGGGGGGCUUACAACAGCUUUGGUGUGUGGAUGUAAAAUGUUAAAGCUUGGGCAUCUAUUUUUCUACAAUAUAAGUAGUUUGAAGGAAUUCAUUCAAAACUAUAUCUUGAAAAGAUCAUUGGUACAGAGAAAUUAAACAUCUGUUGUGUGGGCAAUGGAGACAGUUGGCUAAAUCAGCCAAAAGCUUCCUAAAUGGGAUGAACAUCUAAUCACUCAUUUAGGCUUAUGAGUGUGCUAGAUGUGACAUUCUCCUCCAUGAAAUAACUUAUAGUAAAAAUCACUGAAACAUUGUCUUGUUCUUUAAGAUCAAUUGUAAAUUCUUAUUCAAAAAAGUAAUGGGGGGGGGGGGGGGGUUUGUCAUUUUUUUAAAAUCUUAGAUUCUAUAAAAUAUAUUAUUAUGAUUACCAGGCGUAUCUAAAUAUAAUUACGUAAUAAUGCUCAUUUAAUGAUAAACAGAAGAGCACACAAGAUAACAACUUACUUUCAUGAAAAUGACAUCGCCCACAACAUAUUCAUGUGUCGUGGCACGGUGUUUGGUGAGGAAAGAAACAGCACUCUGACAACACUUCGACUGUAUAUAUGGCCAAGAAAAAAGUUUAUAGGUAUAUUUCCACAUCAUUAUUUUCGUAUAAAUUUCUAGUGACACAUUUUCGUGAAGGAGAAUCGAUAAAAUGUAGCACUUUUUAAUCCAUGCCUAUUUCUUAAAAAUGUGAAGUAAAUAUAUCUCCAUUAUUCUAAGCUUGUUUUUCAAACUGUAUGCUUUGUUAUGGGCAUGGGUAUGAUGUUAGACAGGGGUAUGAUGUUAGACAUGGGUAUGAUGCUAGACAUGGGUAUGAUGUGAGACAUGGGGAUGAUGUUAGACCUGGGAAUGAUGUUAGAACUGGGUAUAAUGUUAGACUAGACAUUGGUAUUAUGUCAGACAUGGGUAUGAUGUCAGACAUGGGUAUGAUGUCAGACAUGGAUAUGAUGUCAGACAUGGGUAUGAUGUCAGACAUUGGUAUGAAGUUAGACAAAGGUAUGAUGUUAGACUAGACAUAGGUAUGAAGUAAGACAUGGGUAUGAUGUCAGACAUCAGUAUGAUGUAGCAAUGUUUAGAAAGGAAAUGAAAAAAUAGACGAAAUAAUUUUAUUUUAAGAACUAUGUGUAGGUUAUUUAUGUACUAAACCUUGUCCAGAUUAUUCAGAUAAGAGAGAAAAAUUUUUUAAUGGGACUAAGAAAAUUAUUUAAAUGGGACUAAGAAAAUUGUUUAAAUGCUACUAAGAAAAUUAUUUAAAUGGGACUACGAAAAUUAUUUAAAUAUGUCUAAGAAAAUUAUUUAAAUGGGUCUAAGAAAAUUAUUUAAAUGCUACUAAGAAAAUUAUUUAAAUGGGACUAAGAAAAUUAUUUUAAGAAAAUUAUUUAAAUGGGUCUAAGAAAAUUAUUUAAAUGCUACUAAGAAAAUUAUUUAAAUGGGAAUAAGAAAAUUAUUUUAAGAAAAUUAUUUAAAUGGGACUAAGAAAAUUAUUUUAAGAAAAUUAUUUAAAUGGGACUAUUUUACAAUAAGCACCACUUAAUAUAUUUUAAUUUUUUCUUUAAUGAAAAAAACUAACUCUACAUGUGUAUAGUUGGUUGUAAAUAUGACUUACUUGGUUUAUAAUGGUACAUUUACUUUAAUCAACUAUUUCUACCACCUGUUGUUUAACGGCACUCACUGGUUGUUGGGAAUAUGCCCUGAUAGUUAUUUUUAUUUUAAUAUUUUAGUUAUUUUUUACUUAGCAGUUAAUAAUUUACUUUCAAAAAAACUAUUUUAAAAACAAAAGGGAUCCAUAAUGAGCACUUUAAUACAGAGCACUGCGUGUGUGAGGGGGGAACUGAAUACACAUGUGAGUAUUGAGGGAGAUGAAAAGUCCAGAGAUGGCGUCCCUUUUUGGUAUAAUCCUGCAUUUGAAUACCUACAAUCAAUGUAGUGGCAAUAAUUAACCUGGCUGGAACUUUUUAUUAUAUUUCUAUCAUUUCUCUUCUCUUGGUGACUUGAAAUUGAUGGACUGCUUUCUUUAAUCAAAUGAGUCAAUAGUUUCACAGUGCACUUUAUAUAUGAUCUAUUAAUAAUAUAUAAUUUAUAUUAAAAAUAAACAUUAGAUAACUUUUUAACACUUUUUAAAAAUCAUAUUGAUGAGAGCUAAACUUAAUUCCUGUUGAUUUUUUGAAAAAAAAUUACUUUUAUGAUCUUAGGUAUGUGCUUGACAAAGAGCAUAAUAAAUGUAAAAUCUAAGAGUUUGUAAAAUAUUGGACAAUUAUUAAGUUAUGUUUAGAAAUAAUAUCUUUAUAUUUUCAUUUUAGGUUUUGAAAUACAUUCACAUAGCAGAACUUGAUCAAAUUGUAUGGUACUCAACAUAAACACUGGAAAAAUUUCAUGAUACAAUUUUUUUUAAAAAUUUCAGGAAUUAAGAGAGGAUGACACUAUUUAAAAUUGGAUUAUGUGCACAUUUUCAACAAUUUGUGUGAUAACAUUUUUAGAAAAUGUCUUUUUUUUUUCUAGCAUCAAAUUUAAUUGAACUGAUUUGAAAAUUUGGAGUAUGAAAGUUCAUGUCAUUAAAAAAAUGUAGCGCAUUACUACUUAACUAAAUAAAUAGCGGAAAUUUUGACACAAAGGGUCGCAAAGAGGUCUUUGAUCUCACUUUGUUGUUUACAUAAUGGAAUAUAUACUUUGCUGCUAAAGUUUGAAAAUUGUUAAUGAAAACAUAAAAUAAUAUUACUUUUUAAUUCAUAAAUUCUCUCACAAUCUGCUCAAUAACAUAAAAAUAUUUACUUUAAGAUUUCAAGUUUUUAAAUUUCUAGAUUUUAUCAAAAUUUGAAAUAAUUUCUCAAACAGAACAUUUAUUCAUAAAUAUUCAUAAAACUAAAAAUUAAAAUAAAUACAUUGGAUUAAGUUAAAAAUGUAUUAUUUGUGAUGGUAUUCUAAAGGCCGUAAUACAUGUUGAAAUAGUAAGGACAUUCAACACCAAGAUCAAUCAAGCGUAACAUAAAGCUUUGAACUUAACCCAAAUUAAUCAUUCUCAGAUCAAUGAGACGAAAGUUGUGGUUAUGCAAGUGAAAAAAAAUCUGUCGCAACAAGCAACACGCUUUUUAUAUAAUUUCUAUUGAGCCCACAUUACCCAAAAAGAUUACCCACUCUCUUUUAAUUAAAAUACUACAAAAUAUUUUCAAUAUUCUUCAGGUGUUUCUAAGUUCAUUUCCAUGUCAUAGAUCAAUGCUGGAGAUUGCUAAGUACAUUAUCAUGUCAUAGAUCAGUUCUGUAGAUUGAAGGGAACUGGAGCAUUUGUCUUUCAUUCCCUCUUUUGACACCCCCCCCCCCCGGGGGACAUUUUUCAUUUAGAUGUUCAUUGAACUCUUUCCAAGAAAUGUUAAUCUUUACAAUGCUUUUAGAGAAAAAGAAAUUUGGAAGAAUUAAAAAAUGGAUUUAAUACUGUAAUAUUCAGUUAAAUUCUCAUAUAAAAAUUGCUUCACUGUUUUUAAACUAACUUGCUUUUAAUUAGCUAAGAGCUCUCAAGCUUUUUAGAUUAUCAUUAAACGUGCACCAUUUGUAUGUAGACUUUACGAUACUCACAUAUAUAUAUAUAUUUUUUUAAUAACAUAAGAUUGCUAGCAAAACAUUUUAGCUUGAUAAUAUAUUUAUAAUCUUAAGCUACAUGACCUUAUUCAAAUCAGUCAUUAUCUUUAUAUAAUUUUAUAUUUUAAUAAUUAAUAUGGUAGAUAAAGAUAAAUUAAUGUGUGGCUAAAAUAAACUACUGGUUUUCUUCUUGUAAAGCAUACUAGUUGUUACGAGUUGCUAUUGUGAAUCAGGAUCACACUCAUAUGCAAUAUAGGCGUUUUCAUUGUCAAUACUUCAUCAUUUCUGGUCAUGCUUGUCAGCUAUAACAUGUUUUCAUUGUCAAGACUUCAUCAUUUCUGGUCAUGCUUGUCAGCUAUAACAUGUUUUCAUUGUCAAGACUUCAUCAUUUCUGGUCAUGCUUGUCAGCUAUAACAUGUUUUCAUUGUCAAGACUUCAUCAUUUCUGGUCAUGCUUGUCAGCUAUAACAUGUUUUCAUUGUCAAGACUUCAUCAUUUCUGGUCAUGCUUGUCAGCUAUAACAUGUUUUCAUUGUCAAGACUUCAUCAUUUCUGGUCAUGCUUGUCAGCUAUAACAUGUUUUCAUUGUCAAUACUUCAUCAUUUCUGGUCAUGCUUGUCAGCUAUAACAUGUUUUCAUUGUCAAGACUUCAUCAUUUCUGGUCAUGCUUGUCAGCUAUAACAUGUUUUCAUUGUCAAGACUUCAUCAUUUCUGGUCAUGCUUGUGAGCUUUAACAAUUGUCUUUAAAUAAUUUGUUUUUAACUUCAGAUAUUUUUAAAAUGUAUUUUUUCUUCUUACCAAGGUUGUAGAGUUCGAACCUUGAGUUAUUCCUUCUUCAUUUUCAUAAGGUGACAUGUUAAUUUGUUCAAUGUCUAUGUCGAUCUGUCCGACAGAACGUUAUUGAAGAAACCACUCAUUUCCCCACAGGUAACAAAUCCUCUGAAGAGUUCAAUGUUGCCUGCAUAGAGCUCGGGGGCCACCUCCCUAUUAAAGGUAUUUGAACAAUUUUAUUUUGACUGAUUAGUUUCACGAAAGAAUUGAAAUACACUAAGGUCUAAGUUAUCAUGACCAGUUUUAACAUUUCAUCUAUUUCCAAUAUUUAAAUAUUUGCAUACUAAAAGAAGAGGUCUUUGAAUUGUUCAGUUGAUGAAGGUUUAACCCUACUUAUAUGCAAUAACUUCCUCCAAUGAAACUUUAAUAUAAUUAUCUCUCAUCUCUGUAAACAUCAAAGUAGAGAGGUAACUUUGUUUGAAAUAGAUGGUUUACCAACACAGUUCACAACCAAACUUCUGACAUUGGCUUACGUUUGAUGGUAAUGACAGUCUGUUGCUGUUACUAGCAGAAGUCUAUAUUUUCUUACGUUUCUUGUAUCCACAUCUCAUCUCAUCAGAAGAAGAUGGCUACCACAAGUUGACAGAAAAGGAUGUUGAUGCCAUCAUUGCUGAUGCUUGUCUCCCAUCUGACACGUACAGGAAUAUACAAGGGGCAAUAACAGAAAUUGGUGUAGCUGAUUUACAAGAACAUUCAAAUACUCAAUGAGAGCACAAUCAUUACUUUUAAAUUUGGGGUGGAUGUUCAUUUUUGAACAUUUAUUAAUGGUGGCAUUUUAUAUUUAUUAACUUAUGAAAUCUCAGUAUUUUUAUGCUUCACAUCAAUUUGAAUAAAACUAUCUGUUACCUAAAUUUUCCAUCAUUUAUCUAUUUCUAACAUUAUCAUUAAAAGAGUUUUAAACAUCCACUAAUAGUUUAACACAAAGUGGAUAGGGAGUUCUGUAUUAUAUGAAGCCAAGUCCAAAUUUAUCUUUUGGAAAGAAAAAAAAAUAGUCACCACUUCAUUUGAACUGGGACCAAACUGCUGAAAAGAGGAAAUGCUUACAACCAGAUACAGGAAAAGUUCAGAACUCUGCCAUUUCUUAUUGUUCCAAAAAAUGAGAUCUGAGGUCGUUUAUUUUGCUGCAUUACUGACAACACGCAUCAUCUAGCUCAGGGGUGGUCUACCCUCUUGUGCUGAGCUUUGCAUUGAAGAAUUUUUCUUUUUGUCGGGCCACAUGAUCAGGAAUCUAGACAAUACAUUGUACAUAGUUUUGAUCAGUUUAAAAUAAUUAUCGCCUAAUGAUAACUAACGGAUAAAAUUUAAUAACUCAUAACUAAUAGAGCAGAUCGUUAUGCUCUGUUAGUAUUAAGUUAAAUACCUUUAAAAUAUUUAAUGAGACUUACGUAGCUAAGAACAGUUUUUAAACAGUUUUCAAUAGUCAAGAAUCUAAAUACUUCUUGAAAUGCAUAGUAUAGAAUUGUGCCAGUCGACUGAGACCUAUACUUUGAUUGAAAAUGCUAUCGCUACGAAUUAUACAUUUUCAAUGUUUUUAAAGAUAAUCAUCGGAAAUGUAUAUAUUUUAGGAAAACAUUAAUCCGGUUCCCAGAAGGUCUCACGGGCCACUUUCAACGUUUCACCGGGACGCAAGUGGUCCAGUACCCACCUCUGAUUUAGAUGUUGCUCGUUUGUGAGUUUAUAUAAAGAUCUCUUUCAGCAUUGUAUUGCCGAAUAGCCAUUGUUCAAGUUACAACAAUGGUAACUUAUUAAAUUUGUGAUACUUGUAUUAUUUAGAAAUAAAUUCAUAAAAUUUUUAACCCUUUGUUUACCAUUAAAAUAUUUAAUUCAUCAUAUAAAGUUUUAUAGUCAUAAUUUUAUUUAUUGGCAUAUUAGAACAGUUGUAUCUGUUAAUUUCUCUAUUAUAUCUAUCAAAAUAUAUUCCAUAAGAAAUUUUGAGAACAAAAUUUUCAAUAUAAUUUUAAUUACUCUUCCUUGCUUUUAGUUAACCAAUGCCAUUGUUUUUUCAACUGAUGUAAUAAGAAAUUAUAAAUACUAGUUUCUAAAAAUUCGUAAACUGGAAGAAGAGUUUUCACAGCUCCGAAAUAAUUAUUUUUAAAAAUGAAGAAAGUACAAACAAUUUAUUUGCAAGCCAAUCUGGAUCUGUUGAAAUCCUCAUAAAAAUGUAAAUACUUUUUAAUUUUAUUUUUAAAAAACAGUUGUCUAGAACUUGUUUUAAAUGAAGUAUUCAUUAACUCCCCUCUAGUGAUUAAAUCUGAAAUAGUGUAUUGGGUUUAAAUACUUGUUAUGGCUUUCUUCAGAUAAAAAUUAGAUUUUUCUGUUACACUUUUGGAAAAAUAUAAAUGCAUAAAUUAAAUAACCUGGACAGGCCUCAGUUAUCCAUUUCUUUGUGUGCCGGUAUUCAACGUUUUUAAGGAAAAUGUUUUGUGCAGUUCGCACCUUAAAAUAGAUCAGCAAACUUUCGCCUCAACAAGGAAUCUUGAUGUUUUUUAUGAUUAUUUUGAAGAGUAUUGUUAACCAUGGUUAAAGGGGACAAGUAUAUUUGGUAUUAUUUAGGUUCUCGUCUUUAAAAAUAAUCUGAAGCGUUCUUAACAUGUUUAACUUAAUGCUCACUCUCGGUGACUGAAAAGAGAUUUGCAAACAAAAUUAAUGUGAGAUCUUUUUUUUUUUUGUUGUCUGUGAUUGAUACUGGUACUUGAAAUAAACAAGAUGUCCAGAGCUUGUUACUUUAUUACUGUAACUACAAGACCGUCUUUCCCAUUGUAAUGAAACAACAGUUUCAUCACUGUACUCCCUCCACAUUUGCUCUAUAUACAAUUGUUUUUUUGCUAUUGAAAUUAAUAAUUUUUAAUGGCAAUUUUGUUUCUUUUUAAUGUAAGGGAGACAAUAUUUGGUGUUACUCUUUUGAUAAGUUUUUUUCUUGUCACUCCAUGUUUGUUUUUUUAAAAAGGGGAAUAACUGCUCACAAUUGUUCUGUUUUGUUUUAUUUUGAUAUCAUCAAACUGCUACUUGUGCUGAAAAAAGUUUUAAGAAAAACAAUUUUAGCUUUAAAAUAUUUUUUGAAAUAAAUUUCCCUCACACCACUUACUUCCACUCAGACCUAGCUGAUUCUUUUCUUCUCCACGCUUAGAUUCUCAGCUGCUGUACAUCUUUUUUCCACCUCAUCUAUCCAUCUGCCUUUGAGUCGUUUUCCUCUGGGGUUUUGGUGGUGCAUACAAUCGUGUUACCCAGAAAUCGACAGCAUAAUUAACAGAUCAGGUAUUGAGUGCACGACUACCAUGAAGUGUAAUGAGUAAAUGUCCCGGGUAAUUUGAUGAAAUGAUGAAGUAAAGAGGAGACUUGAUUACCAUUGUUACAUUUAUGUGUGUGUGUUUUUUAUUAAACGUAUAUUAAAAAUUUAUGAACUGUAUUUUGUUGUGGGAAAUCAAUUUGAGUUGAGGGCCUUGGGAACAAACAAUAAAUGCGGUUUUUUCACUGCCAAGUUAUUUUUUCC